CUGAAAUGAGCAAUAUCAAUGUACAAAAACUAACCAUUGUUCAACAAGCAAUAGCCUCUUGUUGUGGAGCAAUACUUACAUCAUUAUUUGUAACUCCUCUUGAUGUUAUCAAAACUCGACUGCAAGCCCAAGGGAAUCCAUUCCAUGACGGUAAACAAGCAAAUGUAAUCCAGAGAUUUUUGAAAUGGAGAAGUCUUAACAAGUCACUUGCCACUUGAGCUCUAAAUAGAUGAAGAUAUUGUGCUCUCAAAGAUGUGCUAAUGGUUCCUACUAUUUACUUGUACUUAGUAUAUGAGAUUUAAAAGGAAAGAAGAUGACUGGUUUUUCAUGUUGAAUGUGGAGGAAAGUGUUUUGUAUACUCCCGUGGCCAUAUGGAUCAUGUAUAUGUUUGUGAAAAUGGGGACAGCAAAGCCUGGUAUAAAAAACCUGGGCAUUUCAAAGGGACGUUGGAUGCAUUUGUGAAAAUUAUUCGAAUAGAGGGAAUUAAGUCGCUGUGGAGUGGGCUUCCCCCAACACUAAUAAUGGCAAUUCCUACCACAGCAAUCUAUUAUACCUGCUAUGAUCAGCUGUGUGAAGCUUUGAAAAAUAGACCAGGAAAGCAUGAUGAGCACAUUCCAGUUAUUGCAGGUUCCUUAAGCAGAUUUGGUUCUGCCACUGUGGUGAGUCCCCUGGAGCUGAUCAGAACUCAAAUGCAGUAUCGCAGGUCAUCCUACAAGCAGCUGUACCUGCGUGUCAGCUCCAAAGUGGCUGUAGAUGGGUGGCUCUCCCUGUGGCAGGGCUGGACUUCUACUAUUCUGAGAGAUGUACCUUUCUCAGCAAUGUAUUGGUAUAAUUAUGAACGUUUCAAGAAGAUGAUGUGCAAGGAAGUUGGUGCAAAUGAACCUACAUUUUUUGUUUCUUUUACUUCAGGAGCAGCAUCUGGCUCUAUUGCAGCUGUUGUAACUCAGCCAUUUGAUGUAGUGAAAACACAUAGACAGACUCAACUUUGGGAGAAUGAGACCUUAAAAAUUCCACAGAGGGACAGUAAAUCAACCUGGGCAGUUAUGAGGAAAAUUGCCGCUAGAAAUGGGAUUGCUGGAUUAUUUGCAGGUAUUGCUCCACGGCUGUUUAAAGUUGCUCCUGCUUGUGCCAUAAUGAUCAGCACGUAUGAAUAUGGAAAGGCCUUCUUUUCUCAUUUAAAUGAAAAAAAGAAUCAUCCAUAGUUGUUCUUCAUCCGGUUGUAUGAAGGCAAAGUAUAUGAUGGAAGUUGUGCCAAAUUUAAAUCUGUGAAGAUGUUUUUUAGAAUUCCCAGUGAAUUUCUACCAUUACAUUUGCUGGAGAGAAAAAAGAAAGGAAGGAAGAACAGAAGAAAAAAGAAAGGAGGAAGAGAAGAAAAAUUGAGGCUGGACAUAGCAAUGAAGAAUAAUGACUUCCACUGUGUUAGAUUUUCAGUCAUGAUUAAACAUUUUAGUUGGGUUUUAAAAUUAUGUUUUAAAAUGUUUUGGGUUUCUAAUUGUAAGAUAUAUUUAUUUCUCAGUAAGGAGGUUGAGACAGCAAAUUCAAUAAAUACUUAUUUAUUCUU